GUAUGAGGAAGUCGACCGAUUCUGAGAUUGAUCGUGUCGCCAAAAUAAGUACAGAAGCGUUCAAAGUUUAACUCAAAACACGCAGCGCCAUUCAAAGAAAAUUACGCUGCUCACGAAGUCUAAGGUGAGGAGGAAAUGAAACGAGUCCCCCUGCAGCAGCCACAGAAAUGUGGACCCUGGGAACUGAAGGAGCGGCUCGGCACGGGAGGAUUUGGGAACGUCACAAGAUGGCAAAAUAAGGACACUGAGGAGCAGAUUGCAAUAAAGCAGUGCUGCCAAGAGCUAAGCGACAGAAGCAAAGAGAGAUGGUGUCUUGAGAUCCAGAUCAUGAAGAGACUGAAUCAUGUUAACGUGGUCGCAGCUCGAGAAGUGCCUGAAGGGAUGCAGGCACUUGUGGCUACCAACGAUCUGCCGCUGCUUUCUAUGGAGUACUGCCAGGGUGGAGAUCUGAGAAAGUGUCUGAACCUCUUGGAGAACUGCUGUGGAAUGAGGGAGGGCUCCAUUUUGAUUCUGUUACGUGAUAUUUCUUCGGCCCUAACUUACCUCCAUAAAAAGAGGAUCAUCCACAGAGACCUGAAACCAGAAAACAUUGUGUUGCAGCAAGGGGAGAAGAGAUUGAUUCACAAGAUUAUAGACCUCGGCUAUGCUAAAGAGUUGGACCAUACCAGCGUUUGUGCUUCAUUUGUGGGAACGCUGCAGUACUUGGCCCCAGAGCUUAUUGAGAGGCAAAGGUACACAGUCAGUGUGGACUACUGGAGCUUUGGCACUUUGGUGUUUGAAUGUAUCACAGGAUUUCGCCCUUUCUUACCAACCUGGCAACCUGUUCCCUGGUAUAAUAAAGUAAAACUGAAGCAAGAUAAUGAUAUUGUUGUCUAUGAGGACCUCUCGGGAGAAAUCGUCUUCUCUAAACAUCUGCCUCAGCCCAACAACCUCAACAGUUUGUUAUUAGAGAGGCUAGAGAGAUGGCUGCAGCUGAUGUUAAAGUGGUCCCCUCUCGAAAGGGGCAAAGACAGCACUACUACACCCAGCGACUGCUUCUCCAAGCUAAAUUUGAUUCUACAGCUCAAGUUGGUCCAUGUCCUGAAUAUGAUGUCAGCUAAAAUCCUGACAUACUCAGUUGCAGAUGAUGAGACUGUGGCCAACUUGCAGCUGAGAAUAGAAAAAGACACCAGCAUCCCUGCAGCCAAUCAGGAGCUGCUGCUUGAGGCAGGGUUAGCCUUGGAGCCUCAUGCACUGGUCAUGCAGUGUGCUGUUGAUUACACUGAGGUAGACGGGCGACGAACAGACUUGCCUCUGGUCUUCCUGUUUGACCGCUCCUCUUGCACUUACGAACCCCAGUUUGAUCCUCGACCACUCCCUGAAAAUAUCCGCUUUGUCCAAAAUGACCCUAAUCAUGUCCUGGCUUACAGCCCCCUGAGGAGGACUUGUGGCCAGGCGUGGAACACCAUCCGCUCCUUGAAGGAAGACUGGCAACGAUUACAGCAGGGGCAGAAAGCUGCUAUUAUGAGCCUGCUGAGACACAACUCUUCACUGUCCAAACAAAAGAAUGAGAUGAUGUCCAUGUACCAGAGACUCACAGCCAAGCUGGACUUCUUCACCACCAGUCUUCACAUAGACAUGGACAAAUACCAGGAGCAGACAGCCACAGGGAUUGCUUCAGAGAAACUUCUGGGUGUUUGGAGGGAGAUGGAGCAAACUGCUAUCAGCUGUGGUCAAGCCAAGGUGACUGAACUGGAGGAGGAGAUGAUGCAGCUGCAGCCAGACAUCGUUGAUGUGCAGAGACAGCCAUGGAGGAGCGGAGAGGCUUUGGAGACGCUUGAAGGAAAGGCCAUGGAGCUGUUCCGCAAACUCAGAGAAAAACCCAGAGACCAGAGGUGUUCAGGAGACAGUCAGGAGGUGGUGCGUCUGGUGGUUCAGGCCGUGCAGUUCUACGAGAAGAAGCUGAGAGAUUUCUACACACACCUUAGUAAGACAGCAGUGUGCCGUCAACGUGUGAUGGAGCUUCUGCCAAAGGUGGAGGGGGUGGUCCAGCAGAUGGCUGAAAGCGAGCAAGUCCUGAUGAAUCUGCAGGAGAGAAGACAGAGGGAGCUCUGGAACCUGCUCAAAGUCGCCUGUAGUAAAGUUCGCAGCCCAGUGAGUGGGAGCCCCGAUGGAUUACAAACCCCUUCAUCAGUGCCGCCUCUCUUGACUCCCAGGCAGAGCUUACAGCAAUUGGAUGAGUCUCUUGUGGAGGAAAGCAGAACAUUUGAGAGUCGCCUCCAGAGUUUGCUACAUGACACCAUCCAGGAAUCAGAGAACAGCAUGGAGGUGUUGAGUGAGUGGACAUGGCUGCAUGGAGACCAGAGUUUCUCUAGCGACCUCUCCUAAGCUGGAUUUCAUUCUUUGUUCAUGUAUGAUACUUUACUACCUCUGUGUGGAUGGAAUGUUGAACUGCACAGAGAUGUACUAUUGGCUGUUCUGUCUGACAAUGUGAAUGGAAUAAUAGCAGGCACAUAUUUGCUUUGUGACUUUUUAUAAAAGAUUAUUGAUAACAAACUGAAGGGUACUUGAAGCUAAUUGUACCUCUGAUGAGAGUUACUGUCAGGGAAUUUAGGCAGAGUGUAUUCUUGAUGAGCAUUUUGUUAGAAUUGCUUUUCAUUUUAGCAAGAUCAGCUGUUCCACAGUUGGUGCUGAAUUGCUCGAUUAAACCUAGGUAGACUGUCUUCAUAAAGUCCUUUAGUCUGGAAUUUAUGGGAGAGAUUUGCACAAGUUUUUAAACCUUAAACCUGUCACAUACAUAAAUAUCUAAGUUUCGUAUUUGUGUUUUUAUUAUUAGAUUAAUGUAAAUAGUAGUAUUAUAAAAUGCAAUGAGAAUAAGAAGCGUUAGAAUUAUGUUUGCUUGUUUCUUUAGCUUAAACCUGGUACACACAUAACGAUUUUUGGGCUGUUUUUGUCCUGAUUUUGCCUCUUACCGCCCUCGGACGGCAAACGCCCUGUACAAUCAUCAUUUGGUCUGUGGCGUGUUACGAGCAGAUU